GUGAGCUCCGGCAACAGAUGGCGGCGCCUACAUACAACACGGAUCUGACAGGGUGGAGGCUCUGACGGGGAACCAGUUUCGAGAGUUGGUUCUCUCAUGAGGAACCGGGAGAAGGGGUGGUCUGUGUGACUUCAUUGAUAAUUUCUUGUCUACGGUGUGGGAUUAAUCGCUUUUUACCUUUGUUUUUUGGUGGAGGCCGCAAGAAGCCUCAGGCUAGAUUUGACGACACACCGAGCCGAGUGCAGGAAGACAUCUGUUGGAUUGUUUGGAAAGUAUCGUAAAAUGUAUUUGCCGGAAUUUGACAUUUUGAGGCUAUAACGCAUUUAUUUAUGUCGAGUCUGUUGUGUUUACAUGAUAGGAGAAAGUCGAAUUAAUGUGGAGUAGAGAAAAGUUAAGCACACAAGCUAACUAGUUAGCUAGCCUGCUAAAAUGCUAGUUAGCUACCUAGCAGCGAAACUCUACCAUGUUGAAUGAAUGAAUGAAUGGACUGAAGACUGCCUGCAUUUAACUAACAACUGAUUAUUGUUGUUGCAAGACCGCGUCGGGUAUUCAAUAAGAGAACACUGAUUUUCUACAACAAGCUGCGCCUUUCCGGCUACCUGUUCUGUUACACUACUUAUCCACAAAUGGACAGGAAUGCAGUUCCUGGGAGUUGGUGGACAGCGGCGAAUUAGCACGCAAAGAUAGUGUUGUGCUUCCACUGACUAUAGCCCGGUAAUGUUUAAGAGGCUGGUGGACGCUAACUUUAGCUAGCUACAAAUAUUUGCACUACUCAGACUUGGCUGCAAUAGUGUGAAGCUUACACCCGGUUUGGAAUGGGGAAUACGGUGUCAUGCUGCGUCUCUCCCGAGUCGAGCCCCAAACUACCUUCGAGACAACCGGCAGAGCGGCUGGAGGAGUUCCAGACCAGCACCGAAGUGAGCGAUGACAACACCGUGCCCUACCUGCAGCAUAUCAGCGACAGAGAGGUCCCUGAUGAGCUGGCCUUAGAGUCGAACCCGUCGGACCAUGCCCGAGCAAGUACCAUCUUCCUUAGCAAGUCCCAGACAGACGUACGAGACAAGAGGAAAAGCAACCACAUAAACCAUAUCAGUCAUGUGUCUCCUGGUCCACUGUCAAAGAAAUACAGCUCCUGUUCCACCAUCUUCAUAGAUGAUAGCACCGUCAGCCAGCCAAACCUCAAAAGCACAAUCAAAUGUGUCACUUUAGCAAUAUACUACCACAUAAAAAACAGGGACUCAGACAGAUCACUGGAUAUCUUUGAUGAGAAGUUGCACCCUUUAUCAAGAGAGCCAGUGCCAGAUGACUACUCCCAUGUAGACCCAGAACACAAAUUGAUCUACCGCUUCGUCAGAACGCUCUUCAGUGCUGCACAGCUCACCGCAGAAUGUGCCAUCGUCACACUUGUGUACUUGGAGCGCCUGCUGACCUACGCUGAGCUGGAUAUCUGUCCCUCCAACUGGAAGCGCAUCGUCCUGGGAGCCAUCUUGUUGGCCUCCAAAGUGUGGGACGACCAGGCCGUGUGGAACGUCGACUACUGCCAGAUCCUCAAAGACAUCACUGUGGAGGACAUGAAUGAGAUGGAGCGCCACUUUCUAGAACUUCUCCAGUUCAACAUCAACGUGCCCGCCAGUGUCUACGCCAAGUACUACUUCGACCUGCGGCAGCUGGCCGAUGACAACAACCUAAGCUUCCCUCUGGAACCCCUCAACAACCAGCGAGCCCAGAAACUAGAGGCCAUUUCAAGACUAUGUGAAGAUAAGUACAAGGACCUGAAUCGCGCUGCGAUGAGGCGAUCCUUCAGUGCAGACAACCUGAUAGGUAUACGACGCUCCAAUGCUGUGCUGUCAUAGACCAGACUGCUGCCCUCAUAUUUCCAAAGCCCAGCUAACCCACAGCCAGCCCCGGACAAACAUGGCCAGCUCGCCGAGUCGCCAUCACCUCAGCAACAUCAGGCAGGUCUGAGGCUUUAAACGCCGCUGACUGACCUGUCCAAACGGUAAAUUAUAUUGCAGUUGUAGGGGUGCGUGAUUGUUGAGUUAAACUUGAAAUCCAGGUGUUUACCUAAAUGAGAAAACUUUACCACACAGCUAUUGUUUUUACAAAUCCCAUAUUUAUUGUUUACCUGUCCCUCAUUUCGAAGAGAAAGUGUUGAAUAGGAAUGACUCAAUUGAUCAAUGUGGAGUAGACACCUGCAAAAAUGUUUGAAUUACUUUAUGCAGACUUAAAGGCCAAGCUGGGGGUGUUUUAUGUUUUUGUUAAUGUCACCAAAUCCCAUGAAAAGACCAAACAUGUUAUUGGGACUCUGACGUCUCAACUCAGACUGCAGCUCCCUGGUUUCUUCUGAAGAUUUGUGAAGCAACAGCAGAGAUCUGGAAUACGAUAGAUCAGUCUUUUAAAUCACUGUUUGAUCUUUUCCUGGGGUUCAUUAACAAUAUUAAAAAUAUGAACAGAUUUCUCCUUUCAUAUAGGCAGAACAGAUAUAAAAUGUCUUUCUUGUAUAUUAGUUAUUCCCAAAAGUUGCAUUGGAAAGUGUAAGUCAGACUUGUUUACUGUUAAUACCAAUGGUGUUUUAUUAUGUCUGAGUAAAUUUUCUACCCAUGUGGACCGAUCAUACAGCAUGUCUCAUAUUACAAGGUAUUGAGCUAUUAUUCCUCUACAGAAGUGGGCUGAAGUAAGAAAACCUUCAGCUCGCUCUUGUCUGUCAAGAAAUCAGGAGUGCCAAUUGCGAUUGGUGUCACGUUCUAGUUUCAAAUCAGGACGGUUUACUGACAACGGAUCAGUACUGCUACUGAGGGCUCCGAUAGAACGGUUAAGUGGGGUUCCACACAGUCCAGCCUCAGUAUUGUGCCCCUCAAAUCCUGCCAUCCUGACCUCGCCUCUACGAACCUACCAACAGAUUACUGAUCUUGUGUUUGUCCAAGGCCCCGAACACCCCGAGUUUUCAAACACACUACAUAGAUACUGAGGGGGGAAAAAGAGAUGAAUGGGCACUCCCCUCCUUUUUGCUUACUAUGUAGGCUACUAGCUGUGAAAUUUGUCUUGUUUUUAAAUUGAAAAGAAAAAAAAAACAUUUGCAGAUGGAGUAUUUUAAAUAAACACUAAUCAUGUAACAAAGAUACGUUGUGG